CCUUUUUUCUAUCGACACAUAUUUUUCUUUCAAGAAAGUAAUGAUCCACCAUUCAGUCAUUUGCCGAACUUCUAUCCCUCUAGAUCUAACAGGAAACGAUUAAGAAAAUGGAAAAUAGUAAAGAGAGAUUUGUACGAUUAAGCCAUUGAUUGGUUGUCCUGAUAAUUCAUACGAAUUAGAGCUCUGCAUCAGAUCGAGUAGGUAAACUCAACAAGUUCCCUAUCAAGAAGAUCAGCUUCGAUGUUCAUCCUUUUUAGUUAGUUCGAUGCGUGUGUUGAUCAUACAUACUGGAUUGAUAGUAGAGAGGAGCCGUCAAAACUGUAGUAUAUAAACAAGGAAUUGUCGGGUUUACUAACCUAAUCCGAUGCAGAACGCUAAUACAAAUGACUCUUCUACAAUUAAAAUAUCGUGUAAAGUAGACUUCACUUUUUAUACUCUACGAUAUACAUAAAUCUAUAUAAGCAAUAGUAACAUGUACUUUCAUGAAUAAAUAAAUGUCUUGUUCUAGAAUAAGUCUAUAGGAAAAUCAGGGAUUGAAGAAUUUAGGAUGGUUCUGUAGUUUCACACUCUUCUGAAGAAUAUAUUCGUUGUCAUAGGGAUACUAAUAGCAGAGCUACAGUUUUUAACAGCAAUUAUUUUAAUGUUUUUAAUGCUUAAAAUAGCGAUGAAAAUUCUUAACAAAGAAGAAAUGGAUAAUUCUUGAAAUAUAGAAUCAAUGAGAGUCUUGACAUUCAAGGAAUCAUUCUUUGUACUUCUAUUGACAAUUUUUAUCCUUUUUUUUUUGAGAAUAAAAUGAAACAUUAGGAUAAUAUCUAUCAAAAACGCAAAACAUUUCUUCAACAAAAUAAAUGUCUUUUUUGAAGACGAUAUGAUUUUGAUGAUAGUAAUCCAUUUACUUCUCUUUCUUGUUGUGGCUUUAUCGUCAUUAACAGCUACAAGCUUCGAACAAUUUGGUCUCAAACUCUAUUCAACUGUUAGUCAAAAUCAGAAGAAUGACAAUAUAUUUCUUUCACCAGCAAGUAUUUCUCUUGCGAUGUCAAUGUGCACAGUUGGUGCUCGACAAGAAACAUUAAAUCAAAUGUUAAAAACAUUUGAAGUAUCAUCAAUAAAACAGUUAAUCAAAACAGCUGAACGAGUUAUGAAUAUCUUUUCUAUUGCUAAUCAAGAUAAACAAGUUCAACUUAAAUUAGCUAAUCGUCUUUAUGCACAAAAAGCAUAUCAACUUCAAGAAGAAUAUUUAAAAAUUGUUCAAAGUUCAUUUAAAGCCGAUAUUAAACUAGAAGAUUUUGAAAAUGAACGUGUUCAAGCUGUUCAAAGAAUCAAUGCAUGGGUUGAACAACAAACAAAUAAUUUAAUUCAAGAUUUACUUUCAAUAAAAGAUGUGACACCUGAAACAAGACUAAUAAUUCCCAUGGAGUAA